CCAUUGCAACAUCUUCAUCGAAUCUACACCGCACAAAUAAUCCCAUCACGCAAUCAACUGUUCAGAUCGCAUCAUUAUCUAUCACCAACGGUGUCAGAUCUUGCAGUUGCAUCACCUGCCAUGAGGACGCAAUCACCCACAUCAUCAGCGAUAUAUUUAUAGUAGAACCUUACACGCUCGCUGCCCUACUUCUCAAAUUUUCAUUAUCGAUUUACCACCAAAAACUUCAUCGGAAGCUACUAGUGUUUCGUUUUCUCUCUCUUCUCUGCAACGUAAUCGUUUUCUCUCUCAUUUUUUGUUCAAGUAUGGGAGAUAGUGAAACAAUGGUUGCAGAAGCAUCUGCUGCUGAGACGUAUCCAUCUGAUGGUUACAACAACACUUCUUCGAAUCCUGUUCCCGAGGCUGGUGCUAAUGUUCCUGCUCCUGCUGAGAUUGCAGGAGAAGCUGCUGCUGCUCAGCCCAAUUCAGGCUAUGCAUUUGCUUAUUCUGGUGAUGGGAAUGCUUAUACUGCUGGGGAUCCUAAUUCUGUACUACAAGCUCAAUUUAGUGCAACAAAUGAGUCAAAGCAAGCUGCUGAAGUGCCUAAUGAGGAUUCCAGUCUGGUUGGAAAGGAAGCUAUGGAUUCUGCUAUGGUCUCUGCUGACCAUUCAUCUGUAAAUGGAAGUGUUGAUACAGUUGGACUUGAAAAUGGAAAUGCAUCAGAGAAUGUUGAUGAGUCAGCUGAUGAGAAACAACUCACAGAUGCUUACGCUGCGUUGUCUGCUGAAGAAGAUCGAUUGUGGAAUAUUGUAACUGCUAAUUCUUCUGAUUUUACUGCUUGGACUUCUUUGAUUGACGAGACAGAGAAGGUGGCAGAGAACAAUAUUUUGAAGAUGCGUAGAGUCUAUGAUGCUUUCCUAGCAGAAUUCCCUUUGUGUUAUGGGUAUUGGAAGAAAUAUGCUGACCAUGAGGCGCGCCUUGGCUCUGCCGAUAAAGUUGUUGAAGUUUAUGAACGUGCUGUUCAAGGGGUUACAUAUUCAGUGGACAUGUGGUUGCAUUAUUGCAUAUUCGCUAUAAGCACCUAUGGAGAUCCAGACACAGUUCGUAGGCUUUUUGAACGAGGAUUAGCUUAUGUUGGAACAGAUUAUCUUUCGUUUCCUCUUUGGGAUAAAUACAUUGAAUAUGAGUACAUGCAGCAAGACUGGGCCCGUCUUGCAAUGAUUUACACCAGAAUAUUAGAGAAUCCAAAUCAGCAGUUGGAUCGAUAUUUCAACAGCUUCAAGGAGUUGGCUAGUAAUCGACCUCUUUCAGAAUUACGGACAGCUGAUGAAGCUGCUGCAGUGGCAGGUGUUGUUUCAGAGGGUAUUGACCAAGGUGUUGAAGGAGAGGUUCAUCCUGAUGGUGCAGAUAAUUCUCCCAAACCUGCAAGUGCUGGAUUAACAGAAGCGGAAGAGUUGGAGAAGUAUAUUGCCAUUAGAGAAGAGAUGUAUAAGAAAGCUAAAGAGUUCGAUUCUAAGAUCAUUGGUUUUGAAACAACUAUCAGGAGGCCCUACUUUCACGUACGUCCUCUUAAUAUUGGGGAGCUUGAAAAUUGGCAUAAUUAUCUGGACUUUAUAGAAAGAGAAGGUGACUUGAGCAAGAUUGUCAAGUUGUAUGAGAGAUGCGUCAUUGCCUGUGCCAAUUAUCCCGAGUACUGGAUACGCUAUGUUUUGUGUAUGGAAGCUAGUGAAAGUAUGGAUCUUGCAAAUAAUGUUCUCGCUCGGGCGAGCCAAGUUUUUGUCAAGAGACAACCCGAGAUACAUCUUUUUUGUGCUCGGUUCAAGGAGCAGGCUGGAGAUAUAGUUGGCGCUAGAGCUGCGUAUCAACUUGUACACACUGAAAUUUCUCCAGGUCUUCUUGAAGCAAUAAUCAGGCAUGCCAAUAUGGAACAUCGACUGGGGAAGUUGGAGGAUGCCUUCUCUUUGUAUGAACAGGCCAUUGCCAUUGAGAAAGGAAAAGAACAUUCACAAACACUGCCAAUGUUGUUUGCUCAGUAUUCUCGAUUUGUUUAUUUGGCUUCUGGGAAUUCCGAAAAGGCUAGAGAGAUUUUAGUUGGAGGACUUGAGAAUGCUUCACUGUCAAAGCCACUACUUGAGGCUUUAUUGCAUUUUGAGGCUAUUCAACCCCAGCCAAAGCGAGUUGACAUCGACUUUCUAGAGUCACUGGUUGUAAAAUUCAUAACACCCAACCCAGAGAACCCUGGUGUAGCAAGUGCAACAGAGCGCGAGGAGCUUUCUAACAUUUUUCUGGAGUUUUUAAAUCUCUUUGGAGAUGUUCAAUCGAUCAAAAGGGCUGAGGAUAGACAUGCCAAACUGUUCUUGCCAAACAGGGGCUUGUCGGAGUUGAAAAAACGUCAUGCAGAGGAUUUCUUAGCCUCAGAUAAAACAAAAGUGUCAAGAGCUUAUUCUGCUCAAUCACCUGCCCAAUCUGUAGCGGGUGCAUAUCCAAAUGGACCUAACCAAUGGCCUAACUAUGGAGUACAGCCUCAAACUUGGCCAGCAACCACUCAAGCACAAGGACAACAGUGGCCUGCUGGCUACACCCAGCAGCAGGCUGCCGCUUCCUAUGGGGCUUAUGCUGGAUAUGGAGGCAACUAUGCUAACCCACAAUUGCCUGCAUCAGUUCCACAAAGCACUGCAUAUGGGGCCUAUCCUCCUGCAUAUCCUGCACAGCCAGCACUGCCUCAACAAAAUUAUGCACAGCCUGUUGCAGCCCCGACACAGCAACCUGCAGCCGUUCCUCAGGCAUAUUAUGGGAAUUACUACUGAGUUGACAAAGUGAGAUAGCUACUGUUUUUGCUUCCUGUAAUUUUUCCCUUUUGUAGGUAAUUGAUUUUAGGUAAUUUGGAGCAUAGAUGCAGUGUAACUUUAAGUACUACCGAGUACCAAGGAUAGAUAAUCUUUUUGACUAAAUUAUGUUAUUUGUUGUGUACACGGUUUUCCUGAUAUCGUUCUUUUCUCGGUUUUGAUCUUACA